AUGGCUGGACGGAAUGAUCGUGCGAUAGCGGAUGCCCUUCAAGCCUUAGCUCAGGCCAUAGGGAAUCCGAAUAGAGGAGAAGUUGGUGGAGCUGUUGAGUACCAGGGGUUGGAUCGCUUCCAACGAAACAACCCUCCUUCUUUUAAUGGAGGAUACAACCCUGAUGGUGCUCAGAACUGGAUAAGGGAAAUUGAGAAAAUUUUUCGAGUUAUGGCAUGUCCGGAGAGGCAAAAGGUUGCUUUUGGUACAUAUACUCUAGUGGAAGAGGCUGAGUAUUGGUGGGAGAAUACUCGCCAAUGCCUAGAGGCUGAAGGUCAAGAUGUGACCUGGGAUGUCUUCAAGAGAGUGUUUUUGGAGAAAUACUUUCCCGAGGAUGUUAGGAACAAGAAGGAGAUGGAGUUCUUGGAGCUUAAGCAGGGAAGUAUGACUGUGGCUGAAUAUGCGGCCAAGUUUGAGGAGCUGGUGAGGUACUUUCCCCAUUAUCAAGGGAGAGAUGGUGAGAGUUCCAAGUGUGUAAAGUUUCUGAAUGGCUUACGACCUGAAGUGAAGCAAGCUGUGAAUUACCAAGGUGUUCGUCAGUUCCCACUUUUGGUUAAUAUGUGCCGAAUUUGGGAUGAAGACUCCCGAGACAGGGCGGCCUACUAUAGGAGUACAGGUCCAAUGAGGAACAAAAAGAAUGGGCCUCAACAUCGAGGAAAACCAUAUUCGAUUCCUCCUAAGCAAUAUGGUAACCGCCAUGACAAUCAGAGGACUGUUGCUAGGGGAUUUGCAGGUGGUAGCGGUAGCAAACCCAAUACGUUCUCCACUCAUAUCAUUUGUUACAAGUGUGGUAAGCCAGGGCACAUCUCCUCGAAUUGUCCCGAUAUAGGCUGGAGAUUUCUGGUAGGAUAUUCUUGA